CGCUAAAUCCUCCACUUGUGUGCUCGGUUUUGCCCUUGAACCGACGCAUAUUUCAACCAUAUACCAUCAGCUGAUCGACUUUAUUUCAAGUCUAACAGUGAAACAACAUCUCUCAGUUUGCCUGACCAGCUCUGGAAGAAAAACAUCGCCGUCAUAAGGUUAUACCAGAAACUUCUGUGACAAUAUACGUACCGGUGCGGUGAGCUGAUCUAAUUGCGCAACUUAGUUUAACACUGCGAUUCCUCAGCGGACAAGCGGCGAAGUUUAGCGGCAACCAUUUUCACCCCGACGUAACUCUUUCCCUCUCUUAUGGAUGUGUUUAAGCCUAACAUGGAAAACAUGGCCAUAGAAUAUAUCGACUCCUUCGAUCUUCUGCAGUUCCCAAUCAAACAGGAAGGCGCCGACGAGUUCUCAGGUAUCUCCUGCUCAGGUGGCAUCGAGUUGUCCGCCCCGCUCACCCCGGCGGACUCUGCAUCAUCGUCCUGCAGCGGCAGUAUACCACCGUCCCCUGCUGUUUUUUCGGGCUCGGAGGAUGCGAAGUUUUCGUUCGACGAGUUGUGCUGGUUGACGAAUAACCAAAUGCUCAGCUUUACACCAGAAGUGGCCGUCCAUUCACAGGUCAACGCUAACACCGAUAAUGAAAAGCGUGACAAUUGCGACGGCUCUUUAUCAUCCAACAGUCUGCUGAACAAAUUCUCCGACGAGAAGCUAGUGAAAACUAGUGUUCGAGAACUCAAUCGCCAACUCCGUGGUUACAAUAAAGAAGAGGUUAAUCAACUGAAGCAAAAACGCAGAACACUAAAAAAUCGUGGUUACGCGCAGAGCUGUCGUACUAAGCGAGUGUAUCAACGGGAACUACUCGAACACACGAAAUCGUCCCUGGAGCUGGAAGUCAUUGAGCUUCGCAAACGAAUCGCAUCGGUGACGAAGGAACGGGACUUAUACCAACAUAAAUACCAGGCUCUACAGAAUGAGCUUCGAAAUAACGAAGGAAUCAACCCCAGCUCACCAGAAUUCUACAUGUAAGUGACCGUAAACGUGCGACAUACUAUGUAACUACGAAAUAGUUAUUUAUUGUGUGAAACCAGAGUAUGAACGACAACUAGACUGAUCGAAUACACGACAAAACGUCGAUUUUAUUGUGACACCAUCGAACUGACCCAUUAAUUCAAAGAAUUAUUCAAAGGUCACCUGCCUAUACUGCCGAUAUCACGAAGAGAACAUACUGGUGUGCCGGACUUUAAACUUUGGACAUUAUUCGCCAUUGUGAGCGCAAACCCUCCAUGUGUCAGAUAAGUGAGGCUAAAUAACAAUGGUUGUAUUAAAUAUGGCGUGACAUCAGCACAAUACUACGGUAUUCUAUUUGUUUCAUAUUUAACAUGAAAUGUUGGAAAAAUAUUAUAAAAACGUAUAAUAACAUACUUACCAGUUCUAAAAAUCAUAAAAAAAGCACUUUGUGUGAUGUGGAAACCCCCACUGUGAUAUAUUUUGUAAUGUCAUUUAUUUUAUUGUCUGCGAAGGUUUACCAUAUGUUUGUCACAGUUAAUUUUGAAAACCAAAAAAAUAUUUUUAUUUUGAGAAUGAAUUAGACAUAAAAACAAAUAUUAUUUAAAUGAGCCAAUUUAAUAAUUAUUAUUGUUUGAAUGACAAUGUGUUCCUAUUUAACCAUGUUUUUUUUCGAAUUUUCCACAUUUUAGCUGCAGUUAAAUAUGCAACCUUUGACCUUUGUGCUUCGUAAUUAUCAUCUUUUGGCAGACAUAUCACCUGUUUGGUGACCUCUUUUUGAAAAUGUUACAUUCAACUAUGUAAACGUUAUUUUUAUUUAAAUUAAAUGUUGAGAAAGAAAAAAAAGAAACUAAAGUAACAAAAACCGGUUUUAACAAAACCGUGUAUGUAUAGGACUGACCUCCCGGACCUAACUUACCAAAGUCAGACAAAAAACAAACUUGAAAAAGGGCAAAACAAGUUUUGAGAAGGUAAACAAAAUAAAAACUAAGAAAAAACACAACUAAAGUAUAAGCAAAAAAGAAAAAAAAGCGGAAACAACCACUUAUAUAAAAGGGUAAAAAAACCAAAAAAAAAAAAAAAAAAAUAAAGCAAAAACAAAAAAAUGGAAAAAAAGAAACUGAAAAAAAUAUAGACUUGAGCAUAUAAAAUGAGCUGAAACAGCGUGGAGGUUGUUUCAGCUCUUUCCGGCGCUCUAGUCUCAAUUUUGUCAGAACUGGCGAUGUAAUAUUCGUCAUAACUUCAUGCAUAAAAAAAGUCUCAGGCUUUUUUUGGUCCUCUCACUGCCUUCUACAUAACCUGUUUGUAGGUUUACCUAGAGGGCUCUGAGAGAUAGAUUUUUAAACAGUGUAUAUAAUAAUAAAUAUGAGAUCAUUUUACUGUUAUGUGUAAUUUGAUAGAUUUCACCAUCAGAGAUCCAUUUUGGGGUCUUUUAUUUAUGUCUCCAACCCUUGAUGGGGAAGAGAGCAAAAAACAAACAAACUACGAUACCUCAUCAAGGUUGAACAUCAUAUAAUUUUCUUUUUUUCUUUAUGUGUUGAUCACUGGAAUUAUAUAAUGUAUGACAAAGAUUAUUGUAUUUGGCCUGCAUAAUUUUUAGUUGUAUGUUUUGUUUCCUGGCACAUAGUUUGGAUGAAAUGAAACAAAUUGUGGAUAUAUGUUGUAUAACUAUAACAGACAGCACUAUUGGUUUCAGGACAAACACAUUUUCAAGUCCAGAAAAUGUAAUAAAAAAAAACAAGUUCUUUAUUGUGUGUGUUUUUCAUGUGUUUAUUUUCACCACUUCUUGAAAGGAAACAAAACAUACAAUUAACGUGGCCUUUUCCUUUGACUUAUAGGGGUUUAUUCUGGGUCCUUAUUAUGUCAUUCUUACCUGUAGUUAUUGUAGUACAUGUAUUUUUGCUAUUUACUCCAGUGGUAUAUCAAACUACAUGUACGCAGAGAAAAAUAUUGUAGAAUUAAACAGCAUCAGAAAAUGAA